GUUUUUACUUAUCUCCAGACCUCCUGACAUAUCCAGAUCCAGACUCUCCAAGAUGUCUUUUACCUCAAGAUCCUACAGCCAGAGGUCCGUCAGCCAGAAGACAAUGAGUGUCUAUGGUGGUGCGGGAGGUCGUGACAUCCGUAUCUCCACACCCUACACUACUUGCUUACCCUAUUCAGGAGGCUACAAUACCACUGAUGGGCUUGACCUCCAUGUCGAUGCCAGUGAGAAAGCCACACUUCAGAACCUAAAUGACCGUUUGGCCUCCUACCUGGAGAAGGUGCGCAAGCUGGAGAAGGAGAAUGAACAACUGGAAAAGCAGAUCAGAGAGUGGUACUCCAGCAAAACUGUGAUCACCCGUGAUUACAGUGGCUACUUGGCCACCAUCGCAGACCUGCAGGAUAAGAUCCAGGGUGCCACCACAUUCAAUACUAAGCUCUACUUGGAAAUUGACAAUUCAAAACUGGCUGCUGAUGAUUUUAAAAUGAAGUAUGAGAAUGAGCUAGCCAUGAGGCAGGCUGUAGAGGGUGACAUCGCUGGACUAAGAAAGGUCUUGGAUGAUUUUAAUCUGGUCAGAAUGGACCUAGAGAGUCAGUACGAGUCCCUAAACGAAGAGCUCAUUAUGUUGAAGAAGAACCACGAGGAGGAAAUUAGUCUGCUGAGGACUCAGAUGGGAGGAAAUGUUGAUGUGGCAGUUGAUGCUCCUUCUUCUGUAGACCUGAACCAGGUCAUGACAGAGAUCAGGGAUCACUAUGAGGGAGUUAUUGCCAAGAAUCGUAGAGAACUUGACCAGUGGUACCAGAGCAAGAUAACGGUGGUGGAGAAGGUUGUAGAGGACAAUUCAUCCAGCCUUGGGGCAUCCCGCCUUGAGAUUAAAGAACUGAAAAGCACCUUGCAGAGACUUGAAAUUGAGCGUAUGUCCCAAUUGAGUAUGAAAUCUUCUUUGGAGGCAACUCUGCAAGAGACUAAUGAACGCUAUGGAGUCCAGCUAGCAGGUCUCCAAGCCAUGGUCACAGGCCUGGAAGCCCAGAUGUCAAACCUUAACACAGAUAUCUCUGAAAUGCAAAAUAAGUAUAGCACAUUGUUGGACCUUAAGACCCGUCUGGAGGCAGAGAUUGUAGAGUACAGGAGGUUGCUGGAUGGGGAGGACGACAGCUCAAAACAAGUGAUCACAAAGACUAUCAUUGUGCAGGAGACAGUUGUGGAUGGAAAGGUGGUCAAUUCCACAAAGACUGUGGAUGUGGAUGUGGAUCAAGUGGAGUAAAAAGAU